GUACCUCGCUCUAUCACAUAAGCCUCAAGCCAAGAUAUAAAGAAUAAACAGCAAAACAAUACAGCGAAUGAUAUCGCGCAGGAUAUGCCAUCCGGUCGCUCCGUGAUAUCAAGGAUCAGGGCAGCGAUACCAGACGUCUUUCACCAUCACUACAGGCAAGAGGCCCCCUCAGUCUUCACCAUCACUACAGGCAAGAGGCCCCCCCAGUUUUCACCAUCACUACAGGCAAGAGGCCUGUAGGCUCCCCAGUCAACCGCCCAGGAUGGUACUUAACCUGCGAGUCAGCGUGUGUGUGGUAGCGAGUGUGGUACUGGCAGUUGGCGCCAGUAGUAAGGAUGACGAUCCCAAACCCUGUGUGCGUCCCGACCUGAAUAAGUACUGUGGUUGUGCUUCUGGUACUCCCUACACGAAGGUCCAGUGCUCAUGUCGCGAUGGAGAGCCACUGUACCUGUCAGAAAACGAGGCCGACAAUCUGCCUUAUGUGCCGAUUCAACUGGAAAUUCGUGGGUGCUCCAGCGUCACGCUGGGGCCUAAGUUGCUUACCCCUACAAUUAUUAGGGUCCUGGCUCUCACCAACAUCACCAACCUGACGAUUGACACCGACAGCCUCGAGCUCUUCGAAUCCAUCAGUGUGAUCAUUGACAGCAUAGGGAACCUCACGUUGAUGCCUCGAGCUGUUACCAUCGAACCUUUCGACGGCAUAACACGCAGUUUUAAUUUAAAUGUGACCAACUCCUCCUUCUCUCACCUGCCUGAGGAUGCCAUUGUCUACAAUAACACAGAUAAUCUUGAGAUAUAUGCGGCUAAUAACUUAAGUCCGUGUAAGUGUGAAAAUGUAGCCUGGCUCACCACCAAGAACUAUGACAAGAAACAGGAGGAGGUUGCUCAUUCGAUCACUUGCCCAGAAGGAUUACACCUUGACCAGCUGAGCAGCACCUGCGGCGGAGCAAACAGCGUCCUCUGGGCCAUGACGACACUAGCUGGGAGCCUAAUGUUGUUGAGCUACGUUUACCUUGGCUCUUCCUGUCUACUGUAAAACUUUUAACAUGUUCUCUCAAACUUCCCAUAGCACUGACAACCCAAUACUCACCUAUUUGUGCUUGCGGGGGAUGAGCUUUGUCUCUUUGGUCCCGCCUCUCAACUGGUGUACAGAUUCCUGAGCCUACUGGGCUCUAUCAUAUCUACAUUUGAAACUGUGUAUGGAGU